CAUGCCCAGAACCGCCGAGGGAGGCACGGACACAUGCCUGGCCGACACGGAUGGACAUCAAGCCUUUUAUUAUAGAGGAUGCCACAGAAGUCUGUUGCUGCUUCAGUAUCUUCUACAAACGGUGGGGCGAGCAUGGAAGCACCAGCCGUUGUGGUGAGGCCAGGGAUGAAUGAAGAGAAGGUGGCCUCUGCGGCCUCUGCUGGCUGCAGUGUGUGCUACAAGGUGACAGUGGCUACCCUCCUCGUGGGUGCCAUCAUGGCUGUCAGUGGUGGGAUCCUGAUGGCCUUCCUUUCCAGGCAAGAGUCCUUCUUUGAGCACCUGGUGGAGUUGCAAGGGAUCCGAUACGACAGCAGCCUGCAGUGUCCCAGCUCGGACUAUUCCCACAUGUUGACACCCGUUUUGGAGAGGCUGUUCCAAAGCAGUUUCCAGAAUUCUCCCCUGGAAGGAAGUUGCUCAGGGUGCUCCAUCUUGCAGUACAGGGGGGGCAAUGCCAGCCUGGUGGUGGUCCAUUUUCGCCUCUGGUUCUCCAAGCAGCUGCCAAGCCCAGGUGUGGAAGAGGAAGCGCUCAGGCGAGGGCUAGCCGCCGCUCUGGACAAGCAGCCAGGGAUCCCAUUGCCUGCCUAUGGCACCAUCUCCUCAGCCACGCUCACAGGGCCCAGCAGUCUCUCCCUCUCCGGAAUGGUGCUGAAAUCAGGUGCUUGCACUGGGAACACCUUUGCCUGCCGCAGUGGCCAGUGUGCGUUGGCGGAGAAUGCAGAGUGCAAUGACCGGCAGGACUGCAAAGACGGCUCUGACGAGGCUGAUUGUGACUGUGGGAUGCGGCCGGCGUUGCAGGUGGCCAACCGGAUUGUGGGGGGGUCCGAGGCCUCCCGGGGGGAGUUCCCCUGGCAGGUCAGUCUGAGGGAGAGCAACGAACACUUCUGCGGGGCAACUAUCCUGACAGCGAAGUGGCUGGUGUCUGCAGCUCACUGCUUCAACGAGUUUCAUGACCCCAACAUGUGGACGGCCCACAUGGGCAGCAUUUGGCUGAGCAGUGCAGAUGGCAGCGCCACCCAGGCCAGCGUGGGCCACAUCCUCAAGCACCCCUCCUACAACACGGACACGGCUGACUACGACGUGGCCCUGCUGGAGCUCACGGAACCCCUCGUCUUCACCAAAUACGUCCAGCCCGUGUGUCUGCCGGCUGCCACCCACGUCUUCCCUCCUGGCAAGAAGUGCCUCAUCUCAGGCUGGGGGUAUCUGAAGGAGGACUUUUUGGUGAAACCAGAACUGCUGCAGAAGGCAACAGUUGAGCUGCUGGACCAGACAUUGUGUGCCAGCCUGUACAGCAACGCGCUCACCGACCGGAUGGUGUGUGCCGGCUAUUUGGAGGGCAAAAUUGACUCCUGCCAGGGGGAUUCUGGUGGCCCCUUGGUCUGCGAGGAACCAUCUGGCCGCUUCUUCCUAGCGGGCAUCGUGAGCUGGGGAAUUGGCUGUGCGGAGGCCAAACGUCCCGGGGUCUACGCCCGAGUAACCAAGCUUCGGGACUGGAUCCUCGACACCAUCUCCACGUUCACUCCUCCGCCGGCCGUCACCCUCCCGAUGACUCCUGCCACCGGGGUCCCCGAAGCGGCCUCGACUGUGGGCACCAGUCUCACCAGCACAUCCAAGCUCAGCUCCAGCCCUACCCUGGGCUCCACUGCCACUAGCAGCCCAGCCACAGUGCCCCGGCCCCAAGAGUGCGGCCGGAGACCUGCUUUCUCCAAACCCAUCAAGAUCGUAGGCGGGCUGGAUGCGGUCCGAGGGGAGGUGCCCUGGCAGGUCAGCCUGAAGGAGGGGCUCCGGCACUUCUGUGGGGCCACUGUCAUUGGGGACCGCUGGCUGCUCUCUGCUGCACACUGCUUCAACCACACCAAGGUGGAGUACAUCACGGCCUUUGCGGGCACCACCUCGCUGUCCGCUGCAGAGAGCACCUCCCUGAAGGCCAGCAUCAAGCGGGUGGUGCCUCACCCCUCCUACAACCCCAUCCUGCUGGACUUCGACGUGGCCGUCCUGGAGCUGGCCCGGCCACUCCCCUUCAGCAAGUACAUCCAGCCUGUCUGCCUGCCGCUGGCCAUCCACAAGUUCCCUGUGGGCAAGAAGUGUGUCAUCUCUGGCUGGGGCAGCAUCCGCGAAGGCAACAUCUCCAAGCCAGAACACCUCCAGAGAGCUUCGGUUGGCAUCAUUGACCAGAAAACUUGCAAUGUCCUCUACAACUUCUCGCUCACGGAGCAGAUGAUUUGUGCCGGGUUCCUGGAGGGGAAAGUGGACUCUUGUCAGGGAGACUCCGGGGGACCCCUGGCCUGCGAGGAGACUCCAGGUGUCUUCUACUUGGCAGGGCUUGUGAGCUGGGGGGUCGGCUGUGCGCAGGCCAAGAAACCGGGUGUGUAUGCUCGGGUCACCAAGUUCAAAGACUGGAUCCUGGACACCAUCUUGCCUCGCCUCGGCACCACGCCAGUUUCCACCACAGCAACCACGGCCAGCACAUCUGCCUCCACCACACUACCCCCCCCCACCAUCUCCAGUCCACCCUUCACCAGCCAAAGAGCCACCCAGCCAGAGCCCAGCAGCAGCAGCAGCAGCAGGUCCAGCACCACCCGCAGGCCGCCGGCCACCAGCACCUCAAAGGCCACCCAGUUACCAGCAGUGCCCUGUACCUCAUCCACCUUCAAAUGCUCCAGCAAAGUCUGCAUUGCCAAGUCGAACCCAGAAUGUGACGGCGUCGUGGACUGCAGCAAUGGGCGAGACGAAUGGAACUGCAAUUGUGGCAUGACGCCAAUUACAGCCUUCAGUAAGAUCGUGGGGGGCAGUGGAGCUGCCCGUGGGGAGUGGCCGUGGCAGGCGAGUCUGUGGCUGCGGCGGAAGGAACACAAGUGUGGGGCCGUCGUCAUUGCUGACCGGUGGCUGCUCUCAGCUGCCCACUGCUUUGACAUUUACAGCGACCCCAAGAUGUGGGUGGCCAUUCUGGGCACGCCCUUCCUGAGUGGCUUGGACGGGCGAGUGGAGAGGAUCUUCCAGAUCCACAAGCACCCCUUCUACAACGUCUAUACACUGGACUACGAUGUGGCCCUUCUGGAACUCGCCUCGCCCCUGCGCUACACGGGCACCGUCAAGCCCAUCUGCCUCCCGGACAACUCCCACCUCUUCAGCGAAGGAGCGCAGUGCUUCAUCACUGGCUGGGGAUCUACCAAGGAGGGAGGUCUGAUGUCAAAGCAGCUCCAGAAGGCUGCCGUGCACCUCAUUGGAGAGCAGGACUGCAAGAAGUUUUACCCCAUCCAGAUCAGCGGCAGGAUGGUCUGUGCCGGGUUCCCACAUGGGUCCGUUGACAGCUGCUCUGGUGAUGCGGGUGGCCCCUUGGCCUGCAAGGAGCCUUCGGGACGGUGGUUUCUGGCAGGCAUCAUCAGCUGGGGGUACGGCUGUGCCCGGCCUUACUUCCCUGGCGUCUACACCAGAGUCACAGCCGUGCGGAGCUGGAUUGGGCAGAACCUCAAGGUGUAAACCCACCGUGCACUCAGGGAGAAGAGGCGGGGCAAGGAAGACGGGCUGGCACAACUGGCUCACUGGGGCAGCGUGCCCAGGAGGGCCCCUGCCUGACUGCCAGGGAGACGCAACCGGAGCUGCCUCUGCCUUUAACAAAGGAGCAAAUUUAGAAAAUGUGGUGUAUUUUUUAAAUAAAGAGGCCCCCAUUUCACUCCAGCAUCAAGCAGGUUCCAGGAAUUGGAGGGGCAGGAGAGGUCUUCCCGCA